CCAGAGGGGUCUAUUAUAAACAUGUUAGAGACAUACUUGAAGGAACAAGAAAUAGAAUUUCGCUGUGAUUGUGGAGGGACGGCCUCAGAACUGAAGUCGUCUUUUGAUACACUGCCAAGAGUCCUGAUCUUGCAUCUGAAGAGGUUUGGCUUUACACAAACCUACAACAUUAAGAAGGUGGAUGACCCCGUCAGGCUGCAGAGGGACUUGGUGGUGCCAUCCAAUCAGGGUGGUGGCUGUUAUAGUCUUGUCAGCAUCAUCAGUCAUUAUGGAGGCACAGAAUCAGGACACUACAUCUGUAGUUCUGUCCAUCCUGAGGAGAGUCAGCACUCUACAUCAGAUCGCUGGCUCACCUAUAAUGACGCACAGGUGCUCCACACAACCGGAUCGGCAGCUUGUGAGGAACAGCAGCACUCGGCCUACAUGCUGUUUUACAAGAGAAACUUCUGAAACAGGAAAUGGAAGGAAGGUCAUCAUCAUGCUGAGAAGAAACAACACUCGUCCCAGCCCACCAUCGCACACUGGAGGACAAGUACUGGUAAGUAUUGCCCUCAGGAGGGAGGGUCCUCCCAGAGAGCCUGGUCCUCCCAAGAUUUCUUCCUCCAGGAGGGAGUUUUUUCUUGCCACCGUCGCCCCACAUUCACUGGUCUCAUCAGCAGGGACAUUUUUAACAUCCUAAGACCUGAACUUUUUCAUGGCAUGCAUUUUUAAUUUCUCUGUGCCAUUUGGGUUGAUUGGGACCUGAUGAAUGU